UAUUCUUCAGCUUUCUCUCAUCUGCACUCAUUUGCUUUCUUUGGGAAGAGAGAAAAAGAGAAAAAAGCUUCAAUCUUUGCUUGUUGAGUGGGUGAAAGAAGAUGGAGGACAAAGAGGAGGAUGUUAAGCUAGGGGCAAACAAGUUCCCAGAGAGACAGCCUAUUGGGACAUCAGCCCAGACAGAUAAGGACUACAAAGAGCCACCCCAAGCACCAUUGUCUGAGCCUGGUGAACUCAAGUCAUGGUCUUUCUACAGAGCUGGCAUUGCAGAGUUUGUGGCCACUUUCUUGUUCCUUUACAUCACCGUUUUGACUGUCAUGGGUGUAUCUCAGUCUAAGACCAAAUGUACUACUGUUGGUAUUCAAGGCAUUGCUUGGGCCUUUGGUGGCAUGAUCUUUGCUCUUGUCUACUGCACUGCUGGCAUUUCAGGUGGCCACAUCAACCCAGCUGUGACCUUUGGGCUGUUACUAGCAAGGAAGCUGUCCCUUACAAGGGCAGUCUUCUAUAUCAUCAUGCAGUGCCUUGGUGCCAUUUGUGGAGCCGGUGUAGUGAAGGGAUUCCAAGGAAACAGUCGCUAUGAGAUGCUGGGUGGUGGAGCUAACGUUGUGAAACAUGGCUACACCAAGGGUGAUGGUCUUGGUGCUGAGAUCAUUGGCACUUUUGUUCUUGUCUACACUGUUUUCUCUGCUACUGAUGGCAAGAGAAACGCCAGAGACUCUCAUGUUCCUGUAUGUGUAUUUUCUUCUUGUCCUUUUAUGUUAUACUUUGCUCUUAAUUAGUUAAUUUACAUGACAUACGUUAUCUGCUUUUAAUUAAUCAUUAACUUUUGUUUCUCACAACUUGAUUUUGCCAGAACUGUUUUUAAUUGUAGUG